AUGGCGACAACAGGUACGUAUACAGAACAGUAUUGUUCAGCAGAAUUAACCAGAAAACUACGCAACGAGUUAGUGUUCCUUUCCGUGGCGAACACCAUUUUUUCCAUCACCGCAUUUUUGGGGAACACUCUGAUCCUAAUUGCGCUCCAUAAGGAGACUUCACUUAAUAAGCCGUCCAAACUCUUGUUACGUGGCUUAGCGACAACUGAUCUCUGUGUUGGUAUCAUUGCCGAGCCUGUGAAUGUUGCAAACUGGAUAUCUUUGGCGAACGGAAGAUUGGAUAUUUGCUUUUACACAGAAUGGGCAAGUUUCGUCAUCGGCUAUAUUUUGUGCUCAGUAUCUUUUGUGACAUUGACUGCAAUAAGCGUGGACAGACUACUCGCGCUGUUGUUAGGGAUGAGAUAUCAACAAAUUGUAACUGUUAAGAAAACAUACGCCACUAUAGUUUUUAUUUGGGUUUUUUGCAUUGCAUGCACAUUAAGCCACUUUGGGAAUGCUGUUAUACCGACAUUGGUCAUCAUUGUAAGUUUAUGUCUGUGUCUUGUUACAACCAUUUUCUCUUACACAAAGAUAAUUUUAACUUUGCGACAAAGUCAAAUUCUAGUUCACAGCCAUAAUGUCAGUGUUGCUGGACGACAAUCGAGACCAAUUCCACUGAACAUAACUCGAUACAGAAAGGCAGUGUACAGUGCACUGUGGGUGCAAGUAACAUUGGUUGUUUGUUAUUUGCCGUCUUGUAUAGUAAUAGCUUUAAUACACCAAAAUGGGCCGAUAUCUGUAUCGCUUUACCUCGCCAGACAAUUUACUGUUACUUUGGCUUACUUAAACUCAUCAUUAAACCCGUUGUUGUACUGCUGGAAGAUCAGAGAAGUAAGGCAAGCGGUGAAAGAAACAAUAAGGCAACUUUGCUGUUCACCGAACUAAUUAACAUAACCUUUCUAAAUCUCGUAGGUUACUUCUGCUUUGUUUUCAGACAGUCUUCAUUGAAAAAUAAAUCAGUUUAGUUUACCAGCCUUUCAGAGCAACAAAAUAUUACUCUUUUAAAAUUCUAUACGGUUUCGAAGGUUAGUAUUUAUUAACGGGAAGUCGAAUUGCUUUUUGUUAACGAACACAGAAAUGACGUCAAAAUGUUUAACACUUUUUAGUGAAAUCACUACUACUUAAGAGCGGUAGUUAUUUAGUUAUUUUAAAAUUUCCCAGGUGAUCUGUUUAGAGAUUGAAAUGCGCUCUAAAUUGUCUAAGUCUACGUCAUAUGUUCGUACAAAAACCUGGUACGGGGAUAUUAUAGAAUGUUUUAGCAUUAUAGAGUCAGUUUCGAAGAGCUCUAAAGAAGUUACUUAGUCCAUUAGAACAUAUCAAGGUACAAUGUGAAAGUUAAUUAUUUUAACAUAUAAAUCUUUUAUUGAACUUCUAACAACUGUUAACAACAACGUUCACCUCUUACAGUCGGCGAUAAUUAAAACUCUUCUUUUGACUGGAGACACAGCAUUCUCAGCCGCAAAAUGAAUUGUUCUCAAAAAGUUCAAUUUCAGUCUUGAUUAGUUUACCUGGAAGGGAUGGAAGAAAAAGACUGAGAACUUUAAAAGAGGUGUUACAGAGAAACAGACUUUAUCACCAACAUUUUUUUUGCAAGUUCCCUUCAUCAGUGACAUUUGCGGUUAUUCGCAGCAGAGGCCGGUGGUAGCCCAAUUACCGUUUUUAUUGCCGGUCGGUACUAUCACAGCGCCGACAUCCCUGUUUUAGGCCUCCACCUGUGUACCAUGAUUUGA